AUAGAUACAGUAUUCUUACAUAUUUAAAAAAAAACAUAAAAAGAAACGGAUGUGCCUCCGAAAACGAAACGGAUACCGUCCUCCUGACAAUUUUAAUGCAAAAAUUGAGAGGUCCGUGGCCAAAGGGGGGAUGACAUGCGUGUUCCCAGGCUGUUAACAUCGCUGAGGAUUAUAAGACUAUUAGACUGCCAAGAGCUGUCAAGCCAUGAUGGACAUACUGUACACAGGCCCUGUCCCGGCAGACGGCGAGUCUCCUGUGGCUGUCAGCGAGAUGCCGCCCAGCCGGGCUCGACGGCAGACCAACACACAGAGACCAAACACAUGCUGCUUCUGCUGGUGUUGCUGCUGUAGCUGCUCAUGUCUCACCGUUAGGAAUGAAGAGGACAGAGGUAGGAAAUCCCUGGAGACACGCCUGGAGACCUUUCAAAACUGUGAAGAUUGCACCAAACCAACAUUAGAUGAGAUAAGUGUCUGGGCUCAGUCGUUCGAUAAGCUGAUGAAGAAUCCUGCAGGUCGGAACGUGUUCAGGGAGUUCUUAAGGACUGAGUACAGCGAGGAGAACAUGUUGUUCUGGCUGGCCUGUGAAGACCUCAAACAGGAGAUGAACAAGAACACAGUAGAGGAGAAAGCACGCAUGAUCUACGAGGACUACAUCUCGAUCCUGUCCCCCAAAGAGGUGAGUCUGGACUCCCGGGUGAGAGAGGUGAUUAACAGGAAGAUACAGGAGCCUACGCCCCACACCUUUGAGGACGCCCAGCUUCAGAUCUAUACCUUAAUGCACAGAGACUCCUAUCCUCGCUUCCUCAACUCGUCUAUAUACAGAUCACUGGUUCACCAUGGUUCCCACACCUCCUCAGAGUCCUAGGUUCACAACAUUUCACUCACUCACACACACUCCUCGCUCUCUCUCUCUCCCUCUCAGACUCCUCUCUCCCUCUCCCUCACCCUCACAUUCAUCUCUCUCCCUCUCCCUCCCU